AUGACUGUGGAAGGCAGCCAGUGGUUAUAUAAGAAUAAGGAUAGAGGUAUGCUGGCUGCGGCAGCAUCGUUGGGUUCUAUCAUGCUCUGGGAUGUGGAUGAGGGUCUUGCUCAAAUCGAUAAGUAUCAGUGGUCAGAGAACAUCAACGUGAAGGCCGGCGCCAUGCUAGGCUUCGGUCUGGCCUCUACGGGUGUUACUUCCGAUGUCGACCCCGCCUGGGCCCUCCUGGCCGAGCAGCUGGACACCAACGAGCCUCUAGUCAAAAUGGCGGCAGUGAUGGGGCUCGGCUUUGCCUAUUCUGGCUCCCGCAGAGAAGACCUCGCUGAGAAUCUCACUCCCAUUGUUGUUGACACAGAGGCUGGCUCACUCGCUCUUUCUGCAUUGGCAUCGGUCUCUCUGGCACUGGUCUUCGUCGGUACGGGUAACACCGAUAUCAAAGAUAUCAUCAUGGCCACUAUUCAGGAGAGGCAGGAGGUCGGACUAGGAGGG